AUGCAGCUUCACGCCCUCCUCGCUAUCCUCCCUUACCUCGUAUACGUCUCGGCCGCACCAGCCCCGGCCAUCGCGAAACGAGACUGCCCCGCCAAGGGUUCAGCAUCUGCCAUCGCUGCCAUCGACACUCUCGCGCUCGGCUCUGCCACGUCGUCCAUCUCCUCUGAGGCUACGGCUAGUACCGCCAGCGCCUCUGGGAUCGAUCUGGCUGUAAUCGGUGGGGGUCAGAGUCGAUCUGGUGGUCGACCGAGCUGGGGAGUGUCUGCGAAUGCUGCGCUGGUGGAGACUUCUGCUGCGAACGCUACUUUGAUUGGGACUUCUGUUGUCGAAGUCGCGGUCACUACUACGUCCGAGGCUGCUGUGGAGACCAGCCCGACUAUCGAUAUCUCGAGUAUCGCUUCUCCUAUCAACACUGCUAUAUCCUCGGCUCUCGACGCCUCGUCUUCUAUCCUCUCUUCCGAGGCGGUCCAGACGAUUAUCGCCUCUACCACUCCCAUCACCACCACAUCCCUCGAGCCUGCUACCAUCUCCUCCACCCAAGCCGCAGCCACCACAUCCGCCGCCGCAACCGUCGGUGAUUCGAGCAUUGCCGUCGGCUUUGGUGUCGACUCUACGGGCUGGCAAGGGCUCAGCGGCGUUGCGGGUUUGGAGUGGUACUGGAACUGGGGCUUGGUAUCCUUCGACCUCCCUGAUAGCCAGUUCGUACCCUGCGUUUGGGGCAGCGAGAUGGCCGAUGCGUUUGAUCAGGCUACUAUCGACGCGUUCCCCAGUGGGACGAGUCAUAUCAUGAGUUUCAACGAACCGGAUCAGACGAUUGCUGUGGGAGGUUCAGAUAUCACCGAAGAUGAAGCUGCGACGCUUCAUCAAGCUUGGACGGCUCAACUUGGGGCGUCUUCCCUCAAGGUCGGCGCGCCUGCAGUUGCUCGUGGUGGUACCACUUGGUGCAACAAUUGGCUCACUGCAUGUGGUGGUCAUUGCGAGUAUGACUUUGUCCCGAUCCACUUUUACGGCAUCGACCCGCAAGAGUUGAUCGACUAUGUAACCUCCUUCCCCGCUGAUGGCAAACCGAUUUGGGUCACCGAGAUGGCCUGCCGCGACUUCUCCACCGGCUACAUCUGUACCGCCGAUGAGGUGUCCAUAUUCAUCAACACCGCUGUCACGUGGUUCCGGGGCGAGGGCGCACAGUAUGUGGAGAGGUGGGCGUGGUUUGGGGCUAUGCCCAAGUAUGCGGAUGAUCCCAAUGGGAUGGAGAAUGCGGAUGGGACUACCAAUGAGUUGGGUACGACGUACUUGGCGCUUUGA